UAACCCCUUGUUCUAUCCACUGAAAAAGAAGAACAAAAAUACCGGCUAGAAAUUUGUUCUAGAAUUACUUACUGAUGAACGGAGCCCAAUGGGAUUAUUGGCAUCAAGGUCCACUGCCUGCCACACUGGAUUACUGUUUGGUGCAAGCAACCUGUUAUAGUCAGGUAGAAAUACUGUACACAGUUCUUGCUCAUCUCCUGGAGCCUGCCCAGCCACCAUUGUCAGCAUACCCAUCAUCAUCAGCAGUAUUCAUGCACUCCUGGCAGCUAUACUGAGAUUGCAGCUAUUGAGCCCCACCCACCUCAUUCUUUUCUGUGUAAAACAGUAACGCCCUUUUACCAUUAUGGUGUGGUAUUAAUUAAAAAUGGAACCUAUUUCCUUGCAUCAAGAGAUCACCAAGGCUCUCGGUUCCCAGAAUGGUAUUCUCUUCUCCUCUCCUGCAAUUGUGCACCGUGCCAUGUACACAGGACGGGGGAUCAUAGCCCCUAACACUCAGUUCAUUCCUGAAAUGGUUGAUGAGCGUGGAUCGCUGCCGGUGGAGUGGUGGAUCAUGUCCAAAACAGAAGCUAAGAACGCCAUCCCAGUAAAGGACGAAGGAAUCACCUCUCUCCUGAUUGGUGAUCAGUUGGUGUCCCUACCAACAGCCCUGAGGGUAGCAGAGAAGGAGCUCAUGGGAGACUAUGCAGCUCUCUGGCCACUCACAAAAAUUCUGGAUAUCGGUGGAGUUAAGAGACAGCCUAACCUUACUCCAGAGUUGAAUGAGAGAAGUACAGAAGAAACUGAGGUGCCGCCCAUUCCCUGUCACGUGCAUGCUGGAGACGUGGUGGAUGGUUGCUGUAUGGGCCAUGGCAAAACAGAGGCUUACUUCUUUCCUCCAUUAGACGUUCCUCCCUAUAACAUGGAGCUAGGCCCUGUCAAGACAAGGCUCGGUUUGAGGCCUGACGUCACCAAAGAUAAAGUUCUCUCCUCCCUGAGGCAUUUUGGAGAAAAUGACAACCUGUAUCCACUAUUGAAUGAGUACCAGAUCAGACCUUGGGAGAGCUGGACCAUUGAACAGAAGAUCAUCCAUGCUCCAGGGCCGUGGUUGACUUUUGAGAUCCAGCUGCCUCAGGAUGACUUUCACCUGCUGGCCUGGGUGCUAGGAGAGAGGAUAGCCUCGGAGGAGCUGGAGGAAGCAAGGAAAACCUACCACUUGAGGGGAUUAGAGUCUGAUGAGAAACUACUAGAUGAGACUCUGGACUGGGCUGGUAACACUGACCCCUCCUUCAAGGAGCGUUGGUGGAGAGAAUGUGAGGUGCUACAGAAAGGAGACUGGGGUAAAGUGGUGAGGCUGUUCUAUCAUGGUUUCUAUGGAGAGGGUUUUGUGGUGCACCCGGGAGCCAAGUACCAGAGAGAGGGGGAGGAGAGACCGUUUGCAGGCAUUGUGUGGAGUGGUGAGGGCAGAGCCAACAGUUUAGCCGUCAGCUGUCAGGAGAAGCUGAGGAGAGAGUUCUUAGUCACCCCUAACAACCAGCUGCAACUGGAGAACACUUCACAUGCUCAUGACCUCAUAGUGUUCACAGUGUUCCCAUUACUAAAACCUGCUCAUAGUUGAUUCUCAAUUUUGUCAUUCUGAGUUUAUCAUGACAGUUACAUAUUAAAAUUGACAAACAAA